UUUAUCAACAAAAUCAUCAACAAGACGAAUGAGAGAGGCUGUCAAAGCAAUGGGUGCGAGAACUGCGCCUGAAAGUACCUGUUUUACGUAGACAAGAAGGUUGUAGUUUUUCACGGCAUGUGUCGUCUUCGAGUUAUUUAAUGUGGUUGGAAAGUUGUUGAUUCGUGACAAAGCUACCAGCGCAUUGUUUCCGACUAAAUUAAAAAAUCUCAGCUUAAAUCUUCUACAUUUACAAGAAAAUCUGAGUAUCACUUUCCAACAUGGCACAACAGCGAGGAGUCAAUAGCUUGCACUUCAAUCAAGACCAGAGCUGUUUUUGUUGUGCCAUGGAAACUGGUGUUAGAAUCUACAAUGUGGAGCCACUUAUGGAGAAAGGCCACCUUGACCAUGAGCAGGUUGGAAGUGUAGGUCUGGUUGAGAUGCUUCAUCGGUCAAAUCUGCUUGCCAUUGUUGGUGGUGGCAGCAAUCCCAAAUUCUCUGAAAUUUCAGUGUUGAUAUGGGAUGAUGCCAGAGAAAGCAAAGAUUCAAAAGACAAGCUGGUUCUGGAAUUCACAUUCACCAAGCCAGUGUUAGCAGUUCGAAUGAGAUAUGACAAGAUCAUCAUUGUUUUGCGAAGCAGAAUAUAUGUUUAUACCUUUCCAGACAACCCUUCAAAACUUUUUGAAUUUGAUACAAGAGAUAAUCCUAAAGGUUUGUGUGAUCUCUGUCCUAGUUUGGAGAAGCAGCUUCUUGUCUUUCCUGGACACAAGUGUGGUAGCCUUCAGCUUGUGGAUCUUUCUAACACUAAACCAGGAACUUCAUCUGCUCCAUUCACUAUCAAUGCACACCAAAGUGAGAUUGCUUGUGUGGCCUUGAAUCAACAAGGCACUGUUGUGGCAUCUGCCUCUAAAAAAGGAACACUUAUCAGGCUGUUUGACACCCAGACUAAGGAGAAACUGGUGGAGCUCAGAAGAGGCACAGAUCCUGCCACUCUGUACUGCAUCAAUUUCAGCCAUGAUUCAUCUUUCCUGUGUGCCUCUAGUGAUAAAGGCACAGUCCACAUCUUUGCCUUAAAAGACACAAAGUUAAAUCGAAGAUCUGCGUUAGCUCGUGUUGGGAAAGUGGGGCCAGUGAUUGGCCAGUAUGUUGAUUCACAAUGGAGUCUGGCUAGUUUUACUGUUCCAGCAGAAUGUGCGUGUAUCUGUGCAUUUGGGAAGAAUACCUCAAAGAAUGUUAACUCAGUUAUUGCCAUUUGUGUAGAUGGCACUUUCCACAAAUAUGUGUUUACCCCAGAUGGAAACUGCAACCGAGAAGCUUUUGAUGUGUACCUGGACAUAUGUGAUGAUGAUGAUUUCUAAACAGAUGAUUUGUUGUUAAGCAUGUAUAGACAUUUUUAUCCAGUAAGAGCAUCAUCCUGGUGUGACGACAUUCAUCCCAAAGCAGCAAGAGAUAAAAGGGGAACUCUUUAUUGUAGCAAAUUAAGUACUAGCACCCUUGGUAUUUGGGUGUAAAAUGUAUAGGUUUUGACAUAAUUUUUAGGUUCAUGUUUUUGGAUUUUUAAAGCUGGUAUUAAAAAAAAAAAUUGUUUCUCUCAUAUAUAUUAUAUAAUUUAUAUAAAUAUAUAACUGUUAGUCAUGUUUCAGUAGAUUAACAGAGAGAGCCAUUACCACAUUUCAUUUAAGUGAUUUAAAAUAUGUAACUAAAAUAGAUAUUCAUUGAAUAUGCAUUAUGCUGCUCCUGUUAGUAAAUAUUUUAAUUUUGGUUAUGUCUGUAAAUCAAAAGUUUAGUCUAUUGAAUCUAUUCAGAAUGCAUAAUGUUCACACUGCUGUGUACAAUUCAUUCCAUACAAAUUAAGAAUAUUUUAAAUAGGAUCUGCAUUCAUAGUGAACUUUCAGAGUUCUUAUAAGAGUUUUAAAAUAUAUAUAAAUAUGUUAUUAAAAUGUCUAUGCCUCUGUAAAAUGUAAAUUAUUAAAUUGCCAUUUUUGCACAUUCUCUUUUUACUAUCUAGUUCUUUCAAGUACUCAUCUGUCUGUGGUAAAAACAGUAUCAGCAUCACUCUUUCUAAAGCCUCU